CAGACGGUUUGCAUUAUCAGUCACAUACCAACGCUCCACCAAAAUGGUUCGCAAGCCAAGUGAAUUAUUUUUGCUAGUGAUAGCCUUCGCCGCUUUCAUGGGAGAUUCUCAGGGUGCCAAUAUUCUGGGUCUCUUCCCCAGCCUGAGUCCCUCUCAUUUGAUCAUUCAAAUGUCGACGGCUAAGGUCCUGGCCGAGAGGGGACACAACGUGACGGUGGUGACAGUGCUAAAACCUGUGGUAAACCACAAGAACAUAACAGUAGUCCAAGUGCCACUCACCAAAGAGGAGGCCCAGCAAAUGAGCGACACCGUUGGAGCGAUGUCCAAAAGUGACAAUAGCAACAUGAUUCUAUCCCUGAUCCGAAUGUCGGGACAGAUGGACUUCAUGUUCAGCAAAAUGGCCGAAGCCUUAAAGCACGAUCGUGUUCGGGAUCUUUACCUUAAUAAGGACAAUAAGUUCGAUUUGGUUCUCUCGGGAUACUUCAUGAAUGAUUUCCAACUUGGAUUCGCCAAGAAGGUGAAUGCUCCAGUCAUUGUCGUUGCCACAAUGCCGCCAAACCAAUUGUUGAAUCCACUGAUCGGAAAUCCUUUGGAAGUGUCUUACGUUCCUUCAAUCGAUGGUUCCGUGGAAAAGGGCAAGGGCAUGACAUUCCGGCAGCGUUUGUCUGGCUACGUUACAAGCGUCUUCUUUGAGUUUUUCAAUUUCCUAACCGUGAGGCGUAAUCAAAGAUAUUACAAGGAAGUUUUCGGUGACGAUGGUACCCUUCCCGAGUACUUUGAGCUGCUCAAGAACACGUCGUUGAUAUUCUUUGCUUCCCACGCCGCAAGCGAAGGACCUAUCCGACCCAAUGUUCCAGCCGCUGUCGAGAUUGGAGGAAUUCAAGUUAAGGACACGCCAGAUCCCCUGCCUCAGAAUAUGGCGGAGUUUCUGGGCAAUGCUACUGAUGGAGCUGUUCUCCUCUCCCUGGGUUCCAAUGUUCAGGGAAAGCAUCUGAAGCCAGACACCGUGGCCAAGAUAUUCAAUGUUCUCUCGAAGCUAAAGCAGAGGGUUAUCUGGAAAUGGGAGGAUUUGGAGAAUACACCUGGUAAAUCGGACAAUAUUCUCUACUCCAAAUGGCUGCCCCAAGACGAUAUAUUGGCACAUCCCAACAUUAAACUGUUCAUAAAUCAUGCAGGAAAGGGAGGCAUUACGGAGGCCCAGUACCACGGAAAACCAAUGCUUUCCCUACCUGUAUUUGGUGAUCAGCCCGGAAAUGCUGAUGCCAUGGUUAAAAAGGGUUUCGGUUUGACCCAGAGUCUCCUGACCCUGGAGGAGCAGCCGUUCCGCGAGGCAAUCCUAGAGAUCCUAUCGAAUCCAGAAUACACCCAGAAGGUUGCCUCGUUUUCCACUCUCUACCGUGAUCGGCCAAUGACCGCCAGGGAAUCUGUGGUCUACUGGGCGGAGUACGUUAUCCGUCACAAAGGAGCUGCCCAUCUUCAGAGUCCUGUGGUCCACAUGAACUAUAUUGCAGCCAAUAACUUGGAUAUCUAUGCUAUAUUCGUCGUGGUUCUAGUCAUUUUUGUACUACUGCUGACUAAGCUGGUCAAGAUCAUUUACAAAAAGUUUGCAGCAAAACCAAAGAAGCAGAAAAAGCACUAAAAGUUUUUAAUUGACCAUCUGGUAAAAAAUACUCGUAAUAGUAAU